GAAUCCCAGUCCGCCCUCUCUGAAAUGGAUUUGAUGCACUGUUGAUUAUGUUGGCCCUCACACGUGUUACAUUUUUUUGUGUUUUGUGAAGGCGCUAACGUUCAUUAUUGGUUUUAACAUACGUGCGCUUUAACUUCUGCUGCGCUUUCUGAAGGGCUCAUUCUGACUACUGCUGCUGCAUCGGUGCUUGUUUGUUAGCGAGUCCACCAGCAUCUGUGUUCGCAAGUUAGCUUGCUAAAAGUACCGGCUAAAGCUAGCCCGCGGUCUGAGCAGCUAGCGAGGGCUCUUGGCUUCCCCUCUGUGUCAAAAUAACUGAAAUGUUUGAAAGAUCUGUUGAGCCCGAGCAGACGACAAACCUUUGAACUCUUCUUCAAAACUUAAGCCCCGCUUAAACCGCUUUAUUUGUGCACCGCGAUAUUUUUUUCAAGCACUAACCGGCCGGAUCGUCAUGGGGGCAUACCUGUCGCAGCCCAGUACAGAGAAAACGGCAGCCGACGGUGGGAACAAACAUUUGAGCUACGGGCUCGCAGCCAUGCAGGGCUGGCGCAUUUCAAUGGAGGAUGCCCACAACUGUAUCCCCGAGCUGGACGAGGAGACCGCGAUGUUUGCCGUCUACGAUGGACAUGGCGGUGAGGAAGUUGCUUUGUACUGCUCCAAAUAUUUACCUGACAUCAUAAAAGAGCAGAAGGCAUAUAAAGAUGGUAAACUGCAAAAGGCUUUGGAGGAUGCAUUCCUGGCUAUAGAUAGUCAAAUCACCACAGAGGAAGUCAUUAAGGAGCUCAUUCAGAUAGCUGGCCGCCCACAAGAGGAGGCAACAUCAGAAAAAGUGGCAGAUGAAGAUGAUGUGGAUAACGAGGAGGCCGCUCUUCUGCACGAGGAAGCCACUAUGACGAUCGAGGAGCUGCUUGUCCGAUACGGGCAGAACCUGAAUAAGUUGGCCAGAAAACCCAGCCAGGACCGCCCCAAAGAGACUGAAGGAGAAAAGCCCCACAUCGAGAAGGGGAUCAAUGGCGAGGCGGAAUGUGGUGCUUCCGAAACGGAUGCCAAUGGGAAGGCGAAGGCGGCCGAGACGGGAGAGGCAGCCGGUGGAUCCAAGACAAGGGCGUGCAGGAGAGCCACGGUGGCAGCCUCCAGCGGGGGGAGCUCCGGAGCCGAGGGAGAGAAGGCAGGAGUGACGGGAGACGCUGGCCCAUCCUGCUCCUCCUCGGCCGCAGCCACGCCAGGAAGUGCCAAGUCCAAGUUUUUCGAGGACAGCGAUGAGUCAGAGGAUGGUGAGGAAGAGGAGGAAGGCAGUGAUGAAGAGGACUGUAGUGAGGAAGGUGAAGACACCAGUGAGAAUGAUGAGGAGGAUGACACUGAGGAGGAAGAAGAGGAAGACACAGAUGAGGAAGAAGAGGAAAUGUGCUUGCCAGGGAUGGAUGGAAAAGAAGAGCCUGGCUCAGACAGUGGGACCACGGCUGUGGUGGCUCUUAUCCGCGGGAAGCAGCUCAUAGUAGCCAAUGCUGGGGACUCCCGCUGUGUGGUCUCUGAGAGGGGCAAGGCAGUGGACAUGUCCUACGACCACAAACCAGAAGAUGAACUGGAGCUCGCCAGGAUCAAGAACGCCGGGGGCAAGGUUACCAUGGAUGGCCGUGUCAAUGGAGGCCUUAACCUCUCCAGAGCCAUUGGGGACCAUUUUUAUAAGAGGAACAAGGCCCUGCCACCUGAGGAACAGAUGAUUUCUGCUUUACCAGAUGUCAAAGUACUGACACUGAAUGAAGAGCAUGAAUUCAUGGUUGUUGCCUGUGAUGGAAUCUGGAAUGUAAUGAGCAGUCAAGAGGUUGUGGACUUUGUAAAUGAGAGAUUGAAAGCUGACAGUGGUGAAAACAGAACACUGUCUAGCAUAAUAGAAGAGCUGCUUGACCAUUGCCUGGCACCAGACACGUCAGGGGACGGCACAGGGUGUGACAACAUGACCUGCAUGAUCGUCACCUUCAGUCCGCACCUCGGCAGCAACGCAGCCGAGCACACAAAAAAGCGGAAGCUGGACGAGCAGAUGUCUGAGGAGAAUGGCAGCGACAACAAAAAAUGCAAAACUGAAUAGAGCCUUCAUCGCCAGGCGUGAUGUCCUUUUAAUAUUCUUCUGAUGAAGACAGAAAUCAGACGUUCUUUUCUUCUCUCAGCAACAGACCCCUUACUGGAUAUUUUUUUUAAAUGGAUGAUUCCCCCAAGAAAGAACGUUUUAGUUUUAAAUAAUUUGAAGGUGCAAGAAAAAAUGAACUGUAAAACAGCCAUUUCUUUUUUUCCUGUUUCUUCCCCCUUUUGUGGGUAAUAAUUUCUUUAGUAGGCACGUAUCAACUUGUUCACUUUGAUGACUGCAGCUGUAUCCCAGCGGAGAUGUGGCGUCAUGCGAAUGAAUUACGUCUGUGAAUCCUUAUGUACUCUGCCUAGUCACAUGCCCUUGUACAUAGUGUUUCCAGGAACUUUCCCUCCAUUGUGAGUAUUAGUGACACUUAUUUUCUUGACACCCAUAUGUAAUUGUAAUCAAAUACAUUUUUGUAAAUUAA